CGCACGCUGGAGUACUUUGCUGCCUGUGAGCCCUUCACUGACUCCUGUCUGGUCGAGCCGCCAGUGUUCUCUGCCCCCCCCGCCCCUCCCGGCCCUCCCUAAACCCAAGUGGCUCCUGGCUGUGUACGCCAGGGACGUCCUGUCACGGCUGCCUGAGGUAAAGGCCAGAAUAACCUCUGUGUUUGGCUCCGUGCUCAAGAUGGACUCCACCAAAAAGGUUACCAAGAAACUGGCCGGUGCAGCUGCCAACACAGCUGGGUGGUGCACCAAUGUGGGCAACGAGCAUGGCCAGGUUCUGGUGUCAGUCCUGACAGCAGCAGAGGGCCAUGGACUGUGGCCCAUGGCGGCUGGUCUUAUGAGGCGCUACAGAGAGGCAGGAGUGGCACCUCCUGCCAUAAUGUAUGUGGAUCGGGACUGCUGCAGCCCCCACGGACAGUCACAGGUCAGGGCUAUGUUCGCUGAGUGGAGAGAGCUUCAGGUGCGCCUGGACAUCUGGCACUUCAUGCGGCGUUUUGCAGCAGGAGUCACCACUGAGGCUCAUCAGCUAUAUGGAGUAUUCAUGGCUCGACUGUCCAGGUGCAUCUUUCAGCUGAUGUUGCUGCUCUUAGGCUGGCCAAGCAGGGGCAGCUUCUGGCCCAGGGAGUUGGUCCAGUCUCUGAGAAGGCCCUGGUCGAUGAGAUGGACAGUGAGAAGGGGAGGGACACUCUGGGAGUGCCCCUGGUGGACCACGAGCGCAUUCAGCAGGUCUGGAAGGACCAGCAGAGAGACAUCACCUGUAUUCAGGACCCAGAGGGCUUCUCUCUGUACCUGAAGACAGGGACACUGAAGAAAGGUGGUGUGGACCUCUGCUGCUACCGCUGUGCUCGUGGCUCCACCUCCUUGGAGUCCUUCCACCUCCAUCUAAAUCGGUUCAUCCCAGGGACCAGUGCCAGCGACGCCCACUUCCAGGCCUACCUUCUGGAGGGUCUGAUGCGCUGGAACCAGGACCGCA